CUGUUGUCCCAACCAAUCCUGUGUCCUAAAACAAAUAAAAACUAGCAAAACUCACAACAAAACACUGAAUUAAUUCUGCUGAGCCUGAGAAUUGCGAACAAAACAGCGGCGAUACAGACGGAUACCGAAGAAGAAGCCCAUAUGCAGGAGAGCGUGUUGUCUUCUCGGCGCGCUCCGCCGGAGGACUGCGCCGCCGCCGCCGCCGCCGCCGCCGAGGACGAUGCCGACGAGCCCAAGUCGCGGAGGUCUGCCUCUUUCCCCGGCGCCCGGAUCUCCGCCGCCGCCGCCGCCGCCUUCUUCGGUCUAUUUUUCUUCCUACUCCUCGUCCUCGUCUUCGCCGCCCGGGGCGCCCAACCCCGGCCCGUUUUCUGCGGAUCCCCCUACGACGCCCUCACCCGCUCCGCCCUCCUCGUCCGCCGCCUCGACGGCCUCGCCUCCGACUUCGGAUCCCUCGGCGUCCCCUGGUGCAGAUCGAAACAAGGGAAGACAGUAGAAUGGACAACGAACGAUCUGCUCAAGGGCUUGGAGGAAUUUCUGCCGGUAUACGAGACCCGGCCCAUCAAGAACAAUAUGUAUGGAAUGGGCUUCGACCACAGCUUCGGGCUGUGGUUCAUGGUCCGCUGGCUCAAGCCGGACCUCAUGAUAGAGAGUGGUGCUUUCAAAGGGCAUUCUACAUGGGUUUUACGACAGGCCGUGCCAGAGGCGAGGAUCAUAUCCCUCUCCCCCCGUCAUCCGGAGAAGUAUCUGAAGAAGGGGCCCGCUUAUGUUGAUAAAAACUGCACUUAUUUUGCUGGGAAGGAUUUUGUUGAUUUUGGGAGUGUUGAUUGGGCAAAAGUUAUGGACAAACAUGGGAUUUCUGAUCUUAGUCAGGUGGUCGUAUUCUUCGACGACCACCAAAAUGAGUUGAAGAGACUGAAGCAGGCAUUAAAAGCUGGAUUUCAGAACCUCAUAUUUGAGGAUAACUAUGACACUGGAACAGGAGACCAUUAUUCCUUACGACAGAUAUGUGAUCAAUCUUAUAUCAGAGGAGGUGGGCAUAGCUGCUUUAUAGAUAGUGAUGAAGCAAGAAUAAGGUCGAAAAGGAAGAAGUUUUGGGAGAAGGCCGUGGACAUAGAGGAACUAUGUGGGAAGGGCGAUGCAUGGUGGGGCGUUAGGGGGUAUGUGCGCGAUAAUUUUAAUCAUAGCAAUAAGGCAAUCCCCUACGAAGAACAUUUUGAGAACAGCAGGUUUUUGGAGUCUGUAUUGGAUGUGUAUUGGGAACUUCCUCCAGUUGCAGGCCCUUCCCUAACUCAUCAGACCAGAUAUGAUCCAGCCCGUGCGCCCAAUCCCAUCAUUGAAGAUGGACAGUAUGGAUUAUUUCAAAGGCUCGGUCUGGGAAGAUUGGAAACCUCUGUAUUCAAUGGUUAUACACAGAUGCUUUAUGUUCAGAUAUCUCCCUCAACCUCCUAAAUGGAAGCAGAGAAAUUUGAAGGUGACAUUUGUUCCUUUUUUUGAUUUAUUUCUAACUAAUUGACACAGUGUAGAAAAGCUCUUAUCUAUGAGUUUUGAGCAUGCAGGAGCCAACUUUUACUUAAUUUUAGUUUGGGUACAUAGCUUCUAUAUUGGCUUUCUUGUGGAAAAAGAAAGGGUAUCAUGUAAUGGCAUUUAAUAAUUAUAUUGACUUGGAAAAAUUUAAGCAAAAUUUGAUAAAAAUUUCAGAAAUUAGAAUA